GGCUAUUUGGCUUGUUUCCCUAAUCACAAGGCUGGUGGUGAGUUCUGGUAAACAGAAAUCUACUAUGGUUGUUUUUUUUUUUUUUAGGUCAAUAACAACAAAAUCACAUGAUAACGUACCUUAACAGGAUUAUACAAUUAAUAGCAGUGUCAAAACACUUGCUAACUGUGUCACAUUUAAGUGAUUGGUAAUAACGAUAAAAGUCAAAGCAUACAAUGGUAGACACAAUUUGAUGCCUCACACUAAAACACAUUCAGAAUUAAACUCAUCCUUCCUCAGUAUAUUGAUCUUGAUCCAUCCUUACAGACAUUGCUGUUGCCCAUUUACAUUUUUGAAAUUGUGAUGGCAGUCUUUAUUAUGAUCUUCUCCAUGCUGUGUUGAGACGUAAUUAGAGUGAAUGGUCAGAAAACUGAGUGUCAUUCCCUGGUGGAAGGAUGCGGCAAUAAUGCUGAUUGUGCUAAGCUAUCUGGGGCUUAGAGAUACAAUAAUUGGUGCCUUAUGCAUUCCUCCACGCCUCUUCCCAACACACCAAGCAGUAAGCAAUGCUGUUGUAUCAUUUAUGGUUUUAGUGUUCCAAGAGCAGUGCUCGAUAACUGGUGAUGCUUGGUAGAGAAGGAACACCCUGUUCCCAUCCUUCUUUUGCUUUUCUGUAUGGUUUUUUCUGAGUUAUCCACAAUGUAAUAAUUCAUCACAGAUCCAUGUGAGAUUUUAGAGUGUGGGGAAGCAAAUACAAAUAUCUCUCUUUU